AUGGAACAGACAGGUGACAGUACAACCUCCCGGCUGCGAUGGGUAUGCGCCUGUGGACUGGCCAUCUCCCUGUAUUCACUGUACGUGAAAAUGAAACUGAAAGAGGAUGAGAACUACAAGCCGAUGUGUGAUGUUAAUGAGAACAUUAGCUGCUCACUGGUCUUUAAAUCAGUCUAUGGCGACGGAUUUGGUCUUAGUGAAAUAACCAAACUAAGUUCCCCCAACGGAGCUAUAGGAUGUGUCUUUUAUGUCCUCUACUUUCUGAGCUCCUUUUUUAAGCACAAAUGGAUCUGCUUGGCCCAGUUAAUAGUAUGCACUUUGACAUUAUUGCUUUGCGCUUAUCUGGGAUUCCUGCUGCUUUUCGUCUUCUACGAUUGCUGUUUAGUGUGCUUGGUCAUAUAUAUUGUACACACAUGGCUCUUUCAGGAAGUCUUAAGGCGCUAUAGACGUCUAUAUAUGUAAGAUUUGUAUAAUUUUAUGUCAUGCUGUAAUUAUGAAGAAGAUAAAGACCUAACCUGGGCUACUA